AUGGCGAGAUGCCUUCUCUCCCGCGCCCGCCUCAUUAAGCUCGAUCGCCCCAUCCUACCUCCCGCGCUCACCCGCCUACUUUCCCGCGGCCCGCCCACUCCGACGACUAGCGAACCGGAGGACAAGGGCAAAAAAGCGGCGGCGGCGGCGGCUGUCCUGGUGGAGGCGGCCGCCACGAACCGCAGGGAGGACGCGGAGGUCGGGAGGGAUGGGUCGGAGGAGGACGACGAGGAAGCCGGCCUCCCGUGGAGGAGCUGGAGGCCGGACGUCGCGUGGCUCUCCAAGGCCCUCGAGCCCGCACUGGACCUCUACAAGCAAUACAGCUGGAAGCCUUCCGCGUCUUCUGGUAGUGCGGAGAACAUCCCUGCAAGCACUCGGACAUUUAGUGAGAUCCUAAGUGACCUCCAGCGAAGUAAGAUAAGCAUAAAGGACUGGAGCCUCAGCGAUCUCACUGUUGGCCUCUACCUCAUUUACCUCAGCCAAGCAUCCUCAAAAAACGAAGCUUUCAAGGGCGUUCAGAUAUCCUCCACUAAGAUGGUUCAAGAACUAAUUUAUCACCUUGAACUUGCAAGAGGUUGUUAUAAAGGUAAUGCAACUGGACUUGCAAGGUAUAGCAUGCUUCGGAAGAGAAAUGUUGUAAAGUUUGUGAAAGACUCUAGUAUUUUGAGACCUGGAUAUUACAUUGGCAUUGACCCGCGAACUAAAUUGGUGAUUCUUGGGAUUCGUGGGACUCAUACAGUCUAUGAUCUUGUUACUGAUUUGAUUGCUCUAAGCGAUAAGAAAGUAUCACCUAAAGGUUUCUCAACACACUUUGGAACAUAUGAGGCAGCUCGUUGGUACCUUCGCCAUGAGCUGGGAAUAAUCAGAAAAUGUUUGGAAAAACACAAGGACUACAAGUUAUGGUUGGUAGGUCACUCCCUUGGAGGAGCAUCGGCAGCGUUGCUUGCUAUAAUGCUACGGAAGAAGUCGAAGGAAGAUCUUGGUUUCAGUCCGGACAUUAUCUCUGCUGUUGGAUUUGGAACACCACCUUGCAUAUCAAAGGAAGCUGCUGAAAGUUGUGCGAGCUAUGUCUCUACUGUUGUGCUCCAGGAUGAUAUUAUACCUAGGCUCAGUGCAGCUUCUUUGGCAAGACUACGAAAUGAAAUACUCAAAACAGAUUGGGUAAGUGUUCUGGAAAAGGAAGACUUGAAGCAUAUAGUGGAUAUCGUGACUAAUGCUAAGCUUGUUGUUUCGUCAAUUCAAGAUGUGGCGCGUAAACUUGGUGAUUAUGCUAAAAUUGUAUCAGUGUCGACAAAUUCUGGUGUUACCAAAGAUCCAGCUAACUCGAUGGAGAUGCUGUCAUCGGAUAGUAGAAAUGAUGUGUUUGUGCCUGAGGAUCUCUUCCUUCCUGGGACUCUGUAUUACCUGCAGAGGGAUAUUGAGGAUAUAAACGGUGUUGAAGAUGAGUCAUACACGCUCUGGAAAGGUGAUCCAGGGGAAAAUUUUCAGAGGAUAUUGUUGUCUGGUAAUUUGAUGUCUGAUCACAGAUGCAAAAGCAUAUAUUACGCUCUGAGAGAUGUGCUCAAGACACUGCCCCCACCCCAGGCCCAGGAUGAAUGA